ACUAUUGAAAACACAGCGGGAUCCCGUCUCCGGAAGCUUGUGUGAAAGGCGCUGUUUAUAUAUGCGCAGCUAGCUUUAAGCCUUGCUUUAAGCUCGCCCUAGCAGACGGCAGUGGCUAUAGCUAAACUAAAGCGAUAAUAAAAGGCUGAGUUGGCGUGCAGAAGGAAGGAUCGGUUUUCUGUACCAGGGUUUUAUGAAUACACAAUCUGAGGAACAAUAUAAAACACGGAAAUUUUCUGGGUAGCUGUGGAUAGCAUACUAUGCCAGUGUCAUCAUCUUCAUUGAAUGUUACAAAAGCAAGUGUUGGGAUUUUAGAAAAGCCUUCGCCAUUCUGUGUACGUGAACAAACGCGUUACUCAAAUAAUUCGGAAGUUAGUCAGUAUGCACACUGUGAAAUAACCAAUCACAGGGACUUGGUAGACUUAGCGACACGCAACACGCAAGACCCGAUGUAUGGUCGUGGUAGCACAGUGACAACAACGAGUCCAAGGACUUCUCCAUCUUAUCUAAGUCUUCAUAGGAAUAAUAUAGGGCUUGCAAGCCCAACUGAGUCGGGACCUACGCGUUCUCCAGGUUACGAUUUACGGGAGACCAGCGCUAGAAGAAGGUCGCAUCAAGAAUCAUUUGGUAGUCAGCAGAGUCAACGUUCACCAUCUGUUGUGGUAACAGGUUCGCUUGCUGAAAACAGUGAAAACAAGAGUGAUAAAACAGUAGCACUGAGAUGUUACCAAGCGAAGACAGAGACAUUAAAAAGUUGCAGACGCUAUGAAAUGAGCUAUACAGAAAAAAAUACAAGACUUAUUGAAGAAAUAGCACCAGUAGCAACGAGAGGGGACAGCCAGAGAAAGUGCCUGGGGCAAGUGACUCAGGCACAGGGGCCAGGCUAA